AUGGUCAGCUUCAAGCACGGAGAUCACUACAUCGGAGUCGAUGUAGGAACAGGCAGUGCCCGUGCCUGCGUCAUCGAUCACACAGGCAGCAUCGUCGGUCUCGCAUCGCAGGAGAUCAAAACAUGGCAACCGAGCCCGGAGUUCUACGAGCAAUCAACCGCCAACAUCUGGGAGAGUAUCUGCACGGCAGUCAAGCAGGCAGUCCAGCAAUGUGGCGUGCCACCGUCCAAAAUCCGCGGCCUUGCGUUCGAUGCGACUUGCUCCCUUGCCGUCUUCAGCAACGACACCGACAGCCCAGUUUCUGUCAGCGGGUUGGACUCGAGUAAUGACCGGAAUGUAAUCCUAUGGCUCGACCACCGUGCUGUUGAAGAGACAAAGUCCAUUAAUGCGACUCGCCACCCUGUACUCCAGUAUGUGGGUGGGGGCAUGUCGGUUGAAAUGGAGAUGCCCAAGAUCCUCUGGCUGAAGAGGCAUAUGGAUGCCAGCCUGUUUCGGAACUGCAAAUUUUAUGACCUUGCAGAUGCUCUAACCCACUUGGCAACUGGAAGGGAGUCUCGCAGCUACUGCAGCGUGAUCUGCAAGCAGGGCUAUCUUGUAUCCGGUACAGACCGAGGCGAAGAGGGCUGGCAACUGGACUUUUUGACGUCAAUCGGCCUGGAGGAUCUUGCAGCUGAUGGCUUUGCUAGACUUGGCGGUAUAAACUGCAAGAAUGGGGUAUAUCUCAGUGCAGGCGAGUGCGUGGGCCCGCUAAGUGCAGAGGCCGCUGCUGGAUUAGGGCUCUCACCGGGAAUCGCCGUUGGCAGCGGCGUAAUAGACGCCUACGCAGGCUGGAUUGGCACUGUCGGUGCAAAGGCUGACCUUGGACUUGCCGAGGGGACGGACCACAAGGAGCAUGUCUCUCAUCGGCUGGCGGUGGUGGCCGGCACCUCAACAUGCCAUCUGGCCAUGUCGGAUGAUGAAUUGUUCGUCCCUGGGAUCUGGGGCCCGUACCGGGACGUCCUCUUCCCGGGUGCAUAUCUUGCAGAAGGGGGCCAGUCGGCAACGGGUGAGCUCAUCCGACAUGUUGUUGAGAGCCACCCCGCAUACUCGGCAGCAAAAUCGGCAGCCAAGCAAGCCGGUGUGCAUAUCUACAACUUCCUAAACGAGUAUCUUCGUAAAGAAGCCAAGCAGGCCCAGGUGGCCCAUGUGGCUGCGCUGGCCAAACACUUCUUUUUCUACGGCGACUUAUGGGGAAACCGGUCUCCCAUUGCAGACCCGCAAAUGAGCGGCGCAAUCAUUGGAUUAAGAAGCGAUCAGUCACUCAAGAACCUUGCACUCCAUUAUUACAGCGUCUUGGAGUUUAUCGCUCUGCAAACACGUCAGAUUGUCGACACGAUGAACAAACACGGGCACCGAAUCUCGACAGUCUUCAUGUCAGGCUCCCAGACGCAGAAUGACAUCCUGUCGAAGGACUUGUGGGGAAUCAUGGAUCAAAUGAGCAAGCCUGGCCGACGCGUGGAUCCUACAGCUGAUGCGGACGAGCAGCGGCUUCUCCAGGCCAAGUAUGAGGUAUUCCUGGACAUGUGCUCCAAGCAGCGCGAGUACCGGGAGUUGGUAGAUAAAUCGCUUCCAAGCUGGAGAAGAGAUCACUCCUGA